GCGCGUCAGCUCUCAUUGGCUGUCGGUGAUAAUAAUUCAACAAGAGGACCGGAGUGAGUCUGGAGGGCACAGGGCAGCAUGUGUACAGCUACUUAGUCAUGAUUAGCUGUCCCAAACGGUUUACCCGCUUUAUUUCAUUUCUCCGGAGACAUUAAACCUCGUUUUCGGGGAAGUCGUACACAAUGUUUUUGUGUCGCGCGGGGAGGCUGUCUGCAGCGGCUCUGGAUCACGCUUACAAGUCAACGGGUUCGUUUCUAUUGCAAGUCAAAGCAAACAGACUGAGGAACUUCACUUUGACAUUACGCAAGGGUUACACGUUUCACCGGUGUUUCUGUGUGCCCGCCGAGGGUGUCGGUGCAACUCUUGAGCAGCUGGGGAAACAACAACAACAACAACAACAACCGGACCGGCAACGUGUCCGGAACCGAGGAUCAUCGUGUGCUUUAGACUGGGGACACUUGGAUCGGGUAGCUACUAUAGCCGUGAACCUUUCCAAACGCGUGCAAAGUAAAGGCGGCAAUGUAGAUAUUAUCACGCAGUCUGUCGUGCAAGCAAACAGGCGCUACAGCAGUAGAGGACAGCCGGUGGGUAAUGGUUUGUUUACAGGUUACUGGGGUGUUUCCAGUCGACUCUGCUCUACUGGGACAAUGCACACCAGAGCUUUAUCCACGAAGAAGAGCAGCCCCGAGCAGACCGCUAACAACAAAGAGGCCGAGCUGAGUUUAAAGGAGGCCUCUACAACUUCGUCAUCUACAGACAAGGCCCCGGGGGAGCCGGAGCCAGAGGGAGGAAAACCAAACAAGACGCAGCAGCUAAAGAAAGUCUUCAAGGAGUAUGGAGCGGUGGGAGUUUCCUUUCACAUCGGGAUCUCCCUCAUGUCCCUGGGAAUGUUCUACCUACUUGUAUCCAGUGGGGUCGAUAUGGCGGCCGUGCUGUGCAAAGUGGGCUUCAGCGAGACGGUUGUUCGGUCUAAAAUGGCAGCAGGGACGAGCAUGUUCGUCUUGGCCUACGCCAUCCACAAGCUUUUCGCUCCGGUUCGCAUCAGCAUCACUCUGGUGUCCGUGCCUCUCAUCGUGCGCUACUUCAGAAAGACUGGUCUCUUUAAACCACCCACACCUGCACCCUGAUGACCCUUCUCUACUCCUCUGCUGCCUCAUUAAGCGACAAACAUCCUGACAGAUAAUAGCCAUAAUUAAAAUGCCUGUAUAUAUCCUUACUCAUUUGCUUUCAUCUAGAAAUGCCUCAUCUUUUCUCAGUCAUUGUGAAUUCAGGUGAAACAUUUCUGUCAUUAGUUCCAGUUGCAGAAGGAAUUGAAAGUGUUCAAUUCUGUUAAUGUAAAUUAAAAGUGUGAAGUGUAUCAGCUCUCUGAAAAACAAGUGUAUUUGGAGUCAUGUCUCAAUGUGUGUGUGUGUGUGUGUGCGUGUGCAUUCCAAAAACAUGAAAAUGGCUGAAAAAGCUAAAAUAUUUAUUUACAAUCAGGAGGUACGAACAGGGAUUUAAGGCUGUUUUAGUGCGCGGGGUUUGUCUCUUAAUGCUGUGAAGGUUCCCCGUGGAGACAGGUGGAGAAAGCUGCUCUGUCCCCUGUUCGCUGACUUGGCCAUGUUCUGGUGUUCUGUGAAUCAGCAGAAUAAUUCAGGUUCUCUGUCUCCUACCUCUAUCCUUUUCUCUCCCUGCUCACACUCUCCUACACUGUUUUUAUUUUCAGCUGUUGUUUUGCUUCCCUGCCAUUUUUUCUCCUCAACACCUCUCCUGGUAUCUAUUUUCAAUCCCUUUGCUGUUCCGCUCCUCCAUUUUUCUCUAUCUUCUCUCCCUCUUGUUCUUUCACUUUUUGAAAAUGCCACUGCCUAAGCAGUAAUGUCGAGUACAUUAAUCUCUGAGCCGAUUGUAGUUAAUUGCAUUUGGAUGAAGAAUGUUUGUUCAUGAAGGUCGUUUUUCUAAAUGAAUGUAUUUAACUAUUAAAAGGGAAGCGCUCUUUUAAAUUUAGUGCGUUUGUGUUAUAAAAUA